AUGGAGUGGGCCAACUUUCUGCCGCGAUUUUCAGAAGUGAAUCUAAAAACUUUCGGUAUGUUUAUGAGUGGAAUCGUCGUCUCGGCCAGCAAAGUUACGCUAUAUUCCGGGCUGAAGAGCCAAAGGAGAAGUGAUACAGUGGAUCGUUCAAAGCUAAAAAUGAGUGCUUCCAUUAAUGCGCACGUGACGGAUCCAGAAUCUGAAGCAACAACAGAACGUUCGUGCUGUAUCUGCCAAAGCCAAGGGCACCAAGUUCGAGACUGCAAUGCCUUCCGAACAUUGACAAUGGAUAACCGGUGGAGAGCGGUACGAGAAUAUGGAUUAUGUCGCAACUGUCUUAAUGCGCAUGGCAGAAGAGCUUGCCGUAACUCAAAUAUGUGUGGAGUAGCUGGUUGCCAGUAUCGUCACCAUCCACUGUUGCACUCAUGCCGUUAUGAUCGAGGUACAGAGGUGGCAGAUAUAGCAGGGUCUCACGCGCACAGCUUAUCAGAACAACAGCUUCUGUUUCGUAUACUACCAGUAACAAUUCAUGGACCACGAAAGUCAGUCACGGUUUACGCAUUCCUGGACGACGGUUCGUCAAUUACAUUAGUGGAAGAGGCGUUGACCAAGGAGCUGGACCUGAUAGGGGAAAAGGCGCCCCUAUGUUUGACGUGGACGGGUAACGUGACACGUAUGGAAACCGACUCUCAAAGGGUGCAAUUGAUAGUGUCAAGUGUAGACAGCGCCAAAAAACUGGCUCUCCGAGACGUUCGUACGAUGAAAAAGCUAGCUUUACCGGGACAAUCAUUGUGCGUCGAGGAGUAUACUGAAAAGUAUCGCCACCGGGAUACUUAG